UAUGAAUCUAGCAUUAGUUUGUAUUUUAAUUCUGAGCAUUUCAGCAUUUGAAGUUAGAAUUAAUUUUGAGAAAGCUACUUCUGAAAUUCAUAGGAAGUAACAUUUUAGUAGUUCAUCAAUUGAUAAUAAUAAAUUGAAGGCAACUGAAGAUGACUCUAAAAAAUAUUUAGAUGAUUACACUUUAACAGUAUUCUUAAUUAAUAAAUCAGAUUCCAUUAACUUUAGGUCAAACUUAACUCAAAUAAACAAUAGAUACUACCUCUUAUAUCUCUUGGGUCUAUACAAAAUAGACUGAGAAUAACUAAUGUACUAAUUGUCCAAAUGAUGCAGAAAUAUUCAAAUGUGAAGGAAGUUGCUAAUAUUAAAAAACUACAGAUGAUCAAAAAAAAAUACCAUUAACUACUGAAAAUACAUAUGGUGGACGUGUAAUAGUUACAGGAUCAUAUGCAACUCAAGUAUAAAUUAAUUUAAUGAAAUAAGGAUUCUUUAGAAUUGAUGGGAUUGAAGGCAAAUUCUGUUGGACUAGGACUUAUUGAUAAUUUAAAAGCAAAGGAGGAUCCUAAAUAUGAAUUUAAAGCCAAAAAUGGUGUUAUAGGUUUAGCAUAUGGUUCAGAUUAUGUAGAAUACAAAAAUAAAAAAAAUGCUAUGGUUGGUGAAGUUAAGAAUGAACCAACAUUAUAAUAGACUCAUAGCUUAAUUUAAUAGUAAUAUAAUUAUUAUUAUAAUAGAUUCCAUUCUCAAUUGAACAAUGUACCAGCAUCAACAUUUGCAUUAAAAUUGGAAGAUAAUUUAUCUUUAUUGAUUAUUGGAGAAUAAUAAACUUAUUUUGCUUAAUCCAAAUUCACUUAAUUUACUAAUGUAGGUAAGAAAGUAUGGGCAUUAAAGAUAAAUAAAAUUUCUUAUGGACUUGAAGGAAAUUUUGCAUGUAUUAUAAUUAUUUUAUAUAUAAUAGCUACUGGAACUGCCAUUUUCGAUAGUACAACUAGAUUUAUUUGGGCUGAUAGUACAAUAAUAUAAAACUUUUUAAAAGAAAUUAAAAAUUUCUAAAUUGUAUUUUAAUUCUUUAUUUUAGGAUUGCAUUUAAUAAGAUGGUUUAUAUAAAUGUCCUUGUAAUGAUGAGUAAUUUGAAAAAUAUAAAGAUAUAUACUUCUCAUUUAAUCUCUAAGAUAAAAUAUCAUAUCCAUUAUCUAAGAAUGAUUAUAUUCAUAGAGAAUAAAACUAAUGCUAUCUUUUAAUGAAAACUAUUUCAGAUAAAAAUACAUUAUCAUAAGAAAAACCUAAUAUUAUUAUUCCAUACACAUUCUUUAAGUAAUAUUAUAUUUUUUAUAUUAUUUUAGAAAAAAUUAUGUAUUAUUCAAUCAAGAUACAAAUCAAAUUUCAAUUUCUCAUUCAUAUCAAGUCAAUCCUGAUGAAAUUCAUAUCAAAUAAAAUACAAUGCUUUAUACAGCAAUUAUUGGAGUAUUGUUACUUUUAUUGUCUUUAUUCCUUCUUGUAAACUGUUUGCAGUAAUUAUAUAUAUAAUAAAUAUAUUAGUAAAGCUCCUUAUGAUUAGGAUUAUUUACAUUAAGUAGACUCUAAUAAGAAUGGAUUAUCAAGACCUGUUGUAAAUUAUUAGUAACCAUAAUAAUAAUCAUAAUAAUAAUAAUAAGUUCCUCAAUUUAAUUCAUAAUAUUAAUAAUCUUAAUAAGCCUUGUUUGGAGCUCCUCAAACCUAUUAAUAACAACCUUAAAGAGCUCAACCUCCUCUAUAUUAAGGUGGUCUCUAUAAUUCAAGCCCAUAAAGAGCUAAUCAAAUUGGAAUUAACCCAUAAGCAUAAUACAUGCCAGGGUAAUAUCGAUGAU